CUUUCUUUUCUUGUUUUUUCCCUCUUAUUAAAACGUUUAGAAAUAUUCUUUCGUUCAAAACAGAGGGGAGAGCGAGAGAUAACUACUAUCAGAAUGAAAAGCAAAGGCAUGACCACCCUCAAGCUCUCAAGAACAACACACCACUCCUUCUCUUCAUCUUCAGCCUGGUACAAGUACACUCCUCCACCAUCACCUCACCAAGAAGACCCUGUACUCUCAGCAAUCUCUAAAGCCAUUCUCAACUCCAAAACCAAGCCACUCCACCACUCCUCUCUCAGAAACCUCCUCACUUCUCUCACACCCCAACAUGUUAUCAACCUCAUCAACCACAACCCCUACUCUCUCUCUCCACACUCUCUCCUCUCCUUCUUCCAAUGCCUCUCUUCUCACCCCACUUUCCGCCACACCCUCCAUUCCUAUUGCACCAUGGCCCACUUCCUCUGCUCCCACAACAUGUUUCCUCAAGCUCAGUCACUCCUCCACUUCCUUGUCUCUCGGAAAGGCAAGGACUCGGCUUGCUCUGUUUUUGCUUCCCUCGUCGAAACCAAAGGUACCCAUUACUCCGAUUCUGUGUUUGAUGCUUUGAUGAUUGCGUAUACGGAUAAUGGUUUUGUUUCUGAUGCUAUUCAGUGCUUUAGAUUGGUUAGGAAGCAUAAUUUUCGAGUCCCAUUUCGAGGGUGUGGGUCUUUGCUUGAUAAGAUGAUGAAGUCGAAGACAGCCUCAUCGGCUUGUGCGUUUUAUAUGGAGGUUUUGGAUUGUGGGUAUCCACCAAAUGUGUGUAACUUCAAUGUUUUGAUGCAUAAAUUGUGUAAAGAGGGUAAAAUUAGGGAAGCCCAGCUUGUGUUUGAGGAAAUUCCGAAGUGGGGUUUGCGUCCCACGGUUGUUAGUUUCAAUACUUUGAUUAAUGGGUAUUGUAAGUGUGGGGAUUUAAAGGAGGGGUUUAGGUUGAAAAGGGUUAUGGAGGAGAGUAAAAUGCAUCCUGAUGUUUUUACUUACAGUGUUUUGAUUCACGGGUCGUGUAAGGAGGGUAGCGUGGAUGAUGCAAAUAGGUUGUUCGAUGAAAUGUGUGAGAGGGGGUUGGUUCCAAAUGAUGUUACUUUCACGACAUUGAUUGAUGGGCAAUGUAAGAAUGGGAGAAUUGAUCUGGCUAUGGAAAUUUAUCAGCAAAUGUUGGGGAAAGGUGUGAAACCUGAUUUGAUUACGUAUAAUACACUCAUCAAUGGACAUUUCAAGAUUGGAGAUUUGAAAGAAGUGAGGAACCUUGUUGAUGAGAUGAGUGCGAGGGGAUUGAAGCCUGACAUGAUCACAUACACUAUUCUUAUUGAUGGGAAUUGCAAGGAAGGAGAUUUAGAAUCAGCCUUAAAGAUUAGGAAGAGAAUGAGUGAUGAAGGGAUUGAACUUGAUAAUGUGGCUUUCACAGCUCUUAUUUCAGGGCUGUGUAGGGAAGGAAGAGUUGUUGAUGCAGAAAGAACAAUGACGGAGAUGUUGAGUGCUGGUAUGAAACCUGAUGAUGCAACAUAUACCAUGGUCAUGGAUGGUUUUUGUAAGAAGGGUGAUGUUAAAAUGGCUUUUAAGUUGCUUAAAGAAAUUCAGAGUGAUGGCCAUGUUCCAGGUGUUGUAACAUAUAAUGUACUUAUGAAUGGCCUUUGUAAGCUAGGGCAGAUGAAAAAUGCAAAUAUGCUCUUAGAUGCUAUGCUUAAUUUGGGGGUGGUUCCAGAUGAUAUUACAUACAACAUUUUGUUAGAAGGGCAUUGCAAGAAUGGAAACCCAGAGCAUUUUGAUAAAUUACGAAGUGAAAAAGGCCUUAUUUCAGAUUACGCUUCUUAUACUUCAAUAGUUAAUGAAAUCAAUAAAACUUUAAAGGAUCGCCAAAGGAGAUGAUUACCGUAUCUCUUGGAAAAAUUACAAGUAUCAAGGCUAGUUGGCUCAAUAGACUGGUGAAGGCCAGUCUGGAACAUGAACAUGGGAGACUCAGAUGAUUUCUUUACUUUCCAUCUGCUAAGAGAACAAAAAUGAAUAGAGAGACUUAAGAUGAUUGCCAUCGUAGAUAUGGUUUUCAGUCAUGGACAUGGUUGCAGCUCUCUGACAGAUUUUGAAACAGGAACAGAGAGUUGCUUUCAUUUGGCUGUAUCAUCAAAAUAAGGCAACGUUUCCUUUUGAGCCAAAGACACUAUCUUGAUAAUUUCUUGAUGUGUUUUUUAUUCUAUGUAUGACCAGAAGCACUUUGAGAGAUUUGAUCAUUGUCUCAAAAUUUUCUGAGAUGGAGAAGACUUUCUCUAAACACUCUCAGUUCAUGAGUUUGGUAAAUUAUAAAAACUUGGACCUUCCACAUGAUGUUCUAUCCUUGACAUAUCAGCAACAACAAUUGAUCAAGAUGAGUCGAAUGUUCAAAAGAUCCUAUCUGCAGAGAGUAAAGGAGCAUUGUUGACACUGAAUGCCAACCUUCAAAUUGUGUAGGUAAAGGAGAUACUAGUGGGAGAAAAUGAGCUUGAUCGGUUGAGAGCACACAAGAAAUUUAGUGCAUAACCCCAGAAUUUUGUUUUAUUCUCAUUGAUUUCAAGUUUUGGAUGCUUGAGGGAUGAGUAAUACAAUACGAGUUUUCAAAAAGAGAGCCUCAUUUGACGAAGCUUCUAGGAUGGGGUUCAAAACCCCACCCCGCCCUCUGCUCACAUGCUCUCCAGGGAACCACCAAAAAAUAAAUCUGUAUUGAUGAUGUCUGACGACCGAGUGUUUGACCCAAGAUUGUCCAAUUGCACGUCAAAGCAUAUCAGUCUGGCAAAAAUUGAGCCAUGUCUACGGCUUCCCUGGUUUUCAUAAGCCGUUUGAUACAUCAAAUAGAUUGGAUUGAUGUUAUCAACACGUUUGACUUAAUUGCAAUAGCAAACAUUUAAAAGUCAUUUUAUAUUUAUAUUGUCAUUCCCAUAUCUUAGCAUCCCAUCAACAUAUCAUAUUUCGUUCUCAAUAUAUGCA